CGUUGCCCCAGCAACCGGGCUAUGGACGCGGACGGGCCUCCAGGCCGCUAAACCUCAAACCCUGGGGCUCUUCAUUCACCUGUCCUGCGGGUUUCCGGCAUCAUGUCGGUUCGGACUCUGCCACUGCUCUUUUUGAACUUGGGCGGGGAGAUGCUUUACGUCCUAGACCAGCGACUGAGGGCCCAGAACAUUCCUAGAGACAAGGCCCGCAAAGACGAAUGGACAGAGGUGGACAGAAAACGAGUUCUGAACGACAUCAUUUCAACCAUGUUCAACAGGAAGUUCAUGGAGGAGCUGUUCAAACCCCAGGAGCUGUACUCCAAGAAGGCCUUGCGGACUGUGUAUGACCGCCUGGCUCAUGCCUCCAUCAUGCGACUGAACCAGGCCAGCAUGGAUAAGCUCUAUGACCUGAUGACCAUGGCUUUCAAAUAUCAAGUGCUGCUGUGUCCACGCCCCAAGGAUGUGCUGCUGAUCACUUUCAACCAUUUAGAUUCCAUCAAGGGUUUCAUCCAAGACUCUCCAACUGUCAUACAUCAGGUGAACGAGACCUUCCAGCAGCUGACAGAAGUUUAUGGGAAUCUCUCUGCUGGGGAGUUCCAGCUGAUCCGGCAGACACUGCUUAUCUUCUUCCAAGACCUGCACAUCCGAGUGUCCACAUUUCUAAAGGACAAAGUUCAGAACUCUAACGGUCGAUUUGUGUUGCCAGUGUCUGGGCCUGUUCCCUGGGGAACUGAAGUUCCUGGAGUCAUUAGAGUGUUCAACGACAAAGGCGAAGAGGUGAAGAGAAUGGAAUUCCAGCAUGGCGGAGACUAUGUUGCUGCCCUCAAGGAGGGUUCUUUUGAGCUUUAUGGAGACCGAGCCUUGAAACUGGGAACUAACAUGUACAGCGCGAGUCGUCCUGUGGAAACACACAUGUCUACAUCAUCCAAGAACUCAGCCUCAAGGGCACAGGAAAACAUUGCUCCAAAUCCUCUUGCCAAAGAAGAGCUGAAUUUCUUGGCCAGGCUGAUGGGAAGGAUGGAGAUCAAGAAACCAAGUGGCCCUGAACCAGGAUUCCGAUUGAAUCUAUUCACAACUGAUGAGGAAGAGGAACAUGCAGCGCUGUCCAGGCCGGAGGAGUUGUCCUAUGAAGUCAUCAGCAUACAGGCUACACAGGACCAGCAACGGAAUGAGGAGUUGGCCCGGAUCAUGGGGGAGUUUGAGAUCACAGAGCAGCCGGAACAGAACACCAGCAAAGGAGAUGACUUGCUGGCCAUGAUGGACAGGUUAUAGACGAGCAGAUGGGCAUACCCUAGCCCUCCCUCAAGAGACUGCCUUAUGACCACCCUGGGACAGAGAGCUGAGGAUCCAAUGUUCUCCUGCUGGAUUCUCCAACAAAGGCCUGCACCUUCUAGUCCAUUUUCAAGUCAGAACAAACUGUGAAGAUCUCUCAGAGUGCAUCCAUUUCUGAAGCCACACACAUUUGUGUAUUUUCAGCAAAAUAUAUUCUUGCUCUUAACCCAGACCUUCCCCUUUCUUCUUAAUUCAGUGAUGACCCAGGAAGCAUCCUGGGCCAUUGCCGGUUUACCACAGCGGCUUUCCUGCAGGGACCAGUAUCUGUAAGUAUCCAGAGUACCUGUAAGGACAAAAGAGCAACAUCUGAAAACCCAGUAGGAGGUUCUGGGCCAUUCUGCCUGCAUAACAAGACAUAAGUUUGGGGACUCAGAGUAAAUACAGUAGCCAUGAAAUCCUGGUGACCGAAACUUGAUUCCUAGAAUCUACAUGUCAAGAACCUGCUGUAGUGACUAGAGAAAUGGCUCAGUGGUUAAGAGUACUG